AUGGUGAAGGAAAAAAUGCCUGGCAGUGUAGGUAGUUUCUCAUAUGGAAGCACAGACAACACAUUCUUGUCAAUGACACUCUGCUUCAAGCCUGCUAUAGAAGGAUUCUUGGAUGGAUGUAGGAAAAUCAUUGGAUUGGAUUCUUGCCAUUUGUAUGGGAAGUAUGGUGGUGUGUUACUGGUUGCAACAGGUCUAGAUGAUCAGAAUGGUUUAGUACCUCUUGGUAUAAUGGUGUGUAGGAAUGAAACCAUUGAGAACUGGAAGAUUUUUCUCAAAGACUUGAAAGCUAUACUGGGUGAAGACUUGCAUUUAACCUUUAUAUCAGACAAGCAGAAGGGGAUUAGUGAAUCUUGUGACAAAUACUUCUGCUUGGAUGAGCACAGAUUAUGUUUCAGACAUUUGAUGAAGAAUUUCAAGUCAUACAGCUUACAUGUUCAUUUCUGGAAUGCUUCCAAAUGUUACAAGAAGAGACACUAUCAGCAACACAUGGAUAAAUUAUUUGCUGAGGAUGAAAAAGCUGCACUGUAUCUCAUAGAUCAAAAACCUGAAAGCUGGUCUAGGUCUCAUUUCUCAAAUGACAGCAAGUGUGAGCACAUCAACAAUAAUUUCUCAGAGUCUUUCAACAACAUGGCCAAGCCCUUUAGAGAUAAUCCAAUCAUUACACUUGCACAAAUGUAUAAUAAACUGGUGAUGGGUCUUUUCUUCAAGAGGAGGAAUGAAAGUGAAAACUGGCAGGAUGGUGAGAUAGUUCCAAAGGAAAUGAAGCUGAUUACAAAGAUGCGGGACUCAAAUCAUCUGUUUGAGUUAACUGGAGCUGUAAGGGGAAGGGUGUAUGAGGUUAGGAGUGUUCAUGAUGCUGUGUUCGUUGUGGAUCUUUCCAAAAAGAGUUGUAGUUGUUUGCAGUGGCAGCUGAGGGGAUUUCCCUGUCAACAUGCUAUAGUUGCUUUAACACCAUUGAAACCAAACUGGGUUGACUACUGUGACUCUAAUAUACUGGUAGAGUUCAUUAAUCCUCCUGUUAUCAUAAGAAAAAAUGGAAGGCCAAGAAAGAAGAGAAUUCCUUCUUAUGAUGAAGCUGGAAGUGUGAAGAAAAUGAGAAAGUGUAAGAAGUGUGGAGUUUAUGGUCACUAUGCAAUAACUUGUGCUGGUGGAGAGGUUGGAAAGAAUCCAAAGGGAGAAAAACCUAGAACCUGUGUUGAUGGCUCAACAUCAUCUACUUAUGUCCCUGAACCACCAAAAAGGAAGUACAAUAGAAAGAAACCGGUUGUUAGUGCUUCUGCAGGAGCAUCUACUACUGCUAAGGAUGGAAUGAAGAACCAAAACAAUUCAGAAUCUUCUAAACAAGGUGCUGUAAAAGGGGAAAAGAGAAAGGAUUCUUCUCAAACUGCUUUCAAUCAGACUAAUCAACAUGUUGGAUCUGUCAACAACAAAGUCACCUUCACAGUUGCAGAUCCAAAGGGAAAGAAGAAACCAAAGAAGUACAUGAAACUAUGA